AUGAUAUUCAUCAGAAAAAUUGUAAAACAGAUAAUUUUUCCAAUUCCUUGGAAUAGACGAGAACACAAGCCCCUUAGAAAGUAUUCAACACAGACUCAUUUACAUCAUCUCACAAUGAAGCUGAUGUUACUUUCUUCAUGUUUUCUACUAUGGAUUCUCUGCUUACAACAAUAUUGCUUUCUGGCUUCUGUUGACGCCAAUACAGCUGGACUACAUUAUAAUGAUAUAUGCAAUAUGACCCAACCAUGUCAUUCUCAGAAUUUGACCUGUGUGAAAGGUGUUUGUCAAUGUCAAUCUGGAUUUUAUUUGGAUCAAAAUGUUACCUGCCUUUCUCGACUAAAUUAUAAUGACAUAUGCAAUGAGACACAAGAAUGUCUUCAGAAUUUUACCUGUAGGGAAGGUGUUUGUCAAUGUCAGCCUGAAUUUUAUUUUGAUCAAACUAACUGCCUUCCUCAACAUGCUCUGUUUGAAUUCUGUAAUGAUACAAAUGAAUGUCUUGGUGAUAAUGUGGAAUGCAAUGAAAAUAAUUGUACUUGCAGUGAUCGAUAUUAUCCUGAAGGUGAUAUAUGCAAUGAAAAACAUGCUCUGUUUGAAUUCUGUAAUGAUACAAAUGAAUGUCUUGGUGAUAAUGUGGAAUGCAAUGAAAAUAAUUGUACUUGCAGUGAUCGAUAUUAUCCUGAAGGUGAUAUAUGCAAUGAAAAACAUGCUCUGUCGGAUUUCUGUAAUGAUACAAAGCAAUGUCUUGAUGACAAUGGGGAAUGCAAGGAUGAUCAAUGUCUGUGUAAAGAUCAAUAUUAUGAAGAUGGUGAUAUAUGCAAGAAAACCUGUUCAAUAGUCAUGUCACCUCUUCUUAGCCUGUUCAACAGCCUGUUCAAUAGUCAUGUCCACCUCUUCUUAGCCUGUCACUUCUUCUUAGCCUGUUCAACAAUCGUGUCACUUCUUCUUAGCCUGUUCAAUAGUCAUCCUGUUCAACAGUCGUCACCCUUCUUGUCUUCUUGCCUGUUAGCCUGUUCAACAAUCCAUGUCACUUCUUCCUUAGCCUGUUCAAUAGUCAUGUCACCUCUUCUUAGCCUGUUCAAACCUGUUCAACAGUCGUGUCACCUCUUAGCCUGUUCAAUAGUCAUGUCACCUCUUCUUAGCCUGUUCAAUCAGUCACCUCUUCUUAGCCUGUUCAACCUCUUCUUCUUAGCCUGUUCAAUAGUCAUGUUCAAUAGUCUUCCUGUUCAGUCAUGUCACCUCUUAGCCUGUUCAACAGUCAUGUCACCUCUUCUUAGCCUGUUCAACGUCAUGUCACCUCUUCUUAGCCUGUUCAAUAGUCGUCCUGUUCAAUGGUCAUGUCACCUCUUCUUAGCCUGUUCAACAGUCAUGUCACCUCUUCUUAGCCUGUUCAACAGUCCGUGUCACCUUCUUCUGUUCAAUAGCCUGUUCAAUAGUCAAUGUCAUGUCACCUUCUUAGCCUGUUCAAUAGUCAUGUCACCUCUUCUUAGCCUGUUCAACAGUCGUCCUGUUCACCUCUUCUUAGCCAGUUCAAUAGUCUUGUCCUUCUUCUUAGCCUGUUCAACAGUUGUGUCACCUCUUCUUAGCCUGUUCAAUAGUCAUCCUGUUCAACAGUCGUGUCACCUCUUCUUAGCCUGUUCAAUAGCCUGUUCAAUAGUCAUGUCACCCCUCUUCUUAGCCUGUUCAACAGUCGAUCACCUCUUCUUAGCCUGUUCAACAGUCAUGUCACCUCUUCUUAGCCUGUUCAAUGUCGUGUCACUUCUUCUUAGCCUGUUCAAUAGUCAUUGUCACCUCUUCUUAGCCUGUUCAACAUGUCACCUCUUCUUAGCCUGUUCAACAGUUCUUAGCCUGUUCAAUAGUUGUCAACUCUUCUUAGCCUGUUCAGUCAUGUCACCUCUUCUUAGUCAACCUCUUCUUAGCCUGUUCAAUAGUCGUUCAUGUCACCUCUUCUUAGCCUGUUCAACAGUUGUGUCACCCCUCUUCUUAGCCUGUUCAAUGGUCACCCUCUUCUUAGCCUGUUCAAUAGUCAUGUCACCUCUUCUUAGCCUCCUGUUCAACAGUUUAGUGUUGACCUCUUUCUUAGCCUGUUCAAUAGUCAUGUCACCUCUUCUUAGCCUGUUCAACAGUCAUGUCAAAAGUCUCUUCUUAGCCUCCUGUUCAAUAGUCAUGUUCAAAAGUCUCUUCUUAGCCUGUUCAACAGUUGUGUCACCUCUUCUUAGCCUGUUCAAUAGUCAUGUCACCUUCUUCUUAGCCUGUUCAACAGUCGUGUCACCUCUUCUUAGCCUGUUCAAUAGUCGUCCUGUUCAACAGUCGUGUCACCUCUUCUUAGCCUGUUCAAUAGUCAUGUCAAUUCUCUUUCUUAGCCUGUUCAAUAGUCGUUCGUGUCACCUCUUCUUAGCCUGUUCAAUAGUCGUGUCACCUCUUCUUAGCCUGUUCAACAGUCUUCUUGUCACCUCUUUCUUAGCCUGUUCAAUAGUCUUGUCACCUCUUCUUAGCCUGUUCAAUAGUCAUGUCACCCCUCUUCUUAGCCUGUUCAAUAGUCAUGUCACCUCUUCUUAG